AUGAAAGCAACUUGGGUUAAAACGGAUUCUUUUGUUAUAAAUUUACUAUUUGUUUACAGGGAUCAGAUUUUACGUUGUUUUGGUAUUAGUCAAGAACCUAAUUCUGAAGAAUAUCUCCUUAUAAUGCAAUAUGCCAAUGGCGGUGAUUUUCAAAAUUAUCUCGAAAAGAAUUUUAAAAAUUUAACUUGGUAUAAUAAGAAAAAAUUAGCACGUCAAAUCUCUGAUCGAUUAAAUUAUUUGCAUAAUGAAAAUAUUCUGCAUAGGGAUCUUCAUUCUAAGAACGUAGUUAUUCAUGAUGAUAAUGCCAAAAAUGCCAAAAUAACAGAUUUUGAUUUAAGUUAUCAAUAUACAAAAUUUUCAGAUAUUUAUAGUUAUGGAGUUUUAAUGUGGGAAACUUCUAGCGAAGCUAUUGAAGGGACGCCUAAAUUUAUGAAGAGAUUUAGAAGAAGUGUUGGGAUUCAACGCCCGAGAAAAGACCAAGUAUUAGAAAAGUAUUAG